AUGGCACUCACCCACGGCGCACUUUCGGAGGAGGAGGAGGUCCUCAUGGAGAAGCCCAGUGCGCCCAAGGGACGCUGGUACCUCGCAGGUGCCGCCGUUGCGAUCCUGGUGCUUGUUGGCGUCGUGGCCAAGGCACCGUUCUGGAUGAUGUCGGGAUUGGUCGCGGUCGGAGCUUUGGGGACAAGGGUCAAGGUUCUGUGGGCUUGCGGCUUUGCACGAGAUCUUGCCUCCUGGAUCUCAGGAACCUGCCCCUUAGGUCCUCAGGUUGCUGAAAUGAUUGAUAACAGAUUGCAGCAAUCAGAGGUCUUGAUAAAAGAGUCUCGUGCGAAGCCCUGCAUCUUGAAUCCGUCGUGCAAAGGCACGAGACGCUAA